AUGAGGACCUCUUUCCUACUCUUCGCUUUCCUGGCUACUACUACUGUUGCGGACAACAAUCCGGCCGCAGCUGCUACAGACAUCACCAUUGGAGAUGUUAUAGACCUCAGCAAGCUGCUUGAAGCCACCCAGGAUGCUCUGUCCGACUCCGACAUUGCCGACCACGUUGAUGAGGUAGUCGGAGUUAAGGACGCGGUUGACAAUCUUUUUUCAUCCGUUUCCUCGAUUCAGAACCAAAUCCCCGAUGUGAUUGCCGAAAUCAACCCCUGUGCUCAUCUGACUUUCAGUCCUGACGGCUGGCCGAAUGGUCAGAUCGAGUUGGGCUCUGAGGAUCAACUCGAACCCAACAAGGACUGCAAUGGAACGGCUACUCUCCGUCUGGAUCGCCGAGAUGCAGCAGUCGACCACCUUAUGGACGAUGUUGGGUUUGUUCUGGAGAUGUACGGGCCCCUCACGAGUCUCGUUUUGGACCAAGCGACCCCGUCUCCGGAGCUCUUGAGAGGUGCGACUAGAAUUGAAGACAUUUCGCAUCAACUGGACGCUUGGUUUAACCAGGUAAAUGCCACAAUCAAGGCCACAGCCGAGCUGAAGCCAGAGCCAUCGUUUACGACUUUAGUCACCCACGUCUCCUCCCUUCCUGAUUCAGUCAAUCCCGAUGUUGGCCUGGACAAUGGCAAAGACAACGGAGAGGGUAACCAGGGCGGUUUCAACGGAAAGAACGAUGGCAUCGGAGGCGGCAUGGGAAACGGAAACGGCAACGGAAACCAAAACGUUGGAGGCUACAAUGGUAACAACAACGGCCAGGGUGGAGGCACCCACAACGGUAAUGGCAAUGGCAAUGGAAACCAUGGCGGAUACAAUGGUAACAACAACGGCAAUGGAGGUGGUACACACAAUGGCCAAAACAAUGGUAAUGGCAAUGGAGGAAGUGGUGGUAAAGGAGGAGUAGGAGGUGUUUCCCAUGUGUCCCAUGUACCACAUAAGUCCUAUGUACCACAUGUGCCCUCACAUGUGCCCUAUGUACCUCAACCUCACAGCAGAGUUUCCUAUACUCCUCCUUGGUUGCAACAUGGUCAUGGAUACUAG